CGCCGAUUUCUGAUUCACCGUCUCCAUUUCGCGAUCUCUGCAUCGCCCAUUCUCCACCAUGGUCGGCACACCCCUCCGCACCUCAUUGCGACUAGCACCCCGCGCGGUCCGCCCCGCGCUGUCCUCGCGCGCGCUGCACGCCACCACCCCCACCCGCUCCGGCCUCACGAACAUCUUCGAGGCAGGCGACAACCCGCCCCUAAGUGUGUCCAAGCUCGACGCGCGCGGCUUCCACCUCUCGGACGGCCUCCUCGUUCCCGGCGGCCUGGUGUUCGCCGAUGGCCGCGCCUUUCUCUGGGAUGUCGACCCGCCAGGGGACAGCAAGGGCGGCGUGGCCGCGGCUUGGGCCGGGUGGAGCAAGGAGCGGUUCGAGGUGUUCGAGCGCGUCGUCCCGCGGCCCGAAAUACUCAUCUUUGGCACUGGCGCACGCGUCCUUCCCCCGCCGCGCGAGGUGCGCGACUAUAUCUCCAGCCUUGGCAUUCAGCUGGACGUCAUGGACUCGCGCAAUGCGGCGAGCACGUACAACCUUUUGUUCGAGGAGGGACGGACGAUCAGCGCAGCGCUGUGUCCCCUUCAGCCUGUGAACUCGCGUACGGGCGAGCACAAGUAGGCGGCGGACGGAGAUGCAGCAUUACUCAUGGUUG